GUAUUUGAUAUGGAGUUGGAUUCCUUAGAGGUAGAAAUGGUACAAAAAGAGACAAUUCAUCCUCGUAAAUCUUAUAAGAUGAAUUCAUCUUGUGCGGAUAUAUUAUUAUUUGCUUCUUAUAAAUGGCCAAUCUCUAAACCCUCAUUAUUAGCAGAGGCUAAAGAUAUCAUGGAAGGAGCUACAGCUACUAAACACUGGUUAGAUGUCCAAUUACGUUGGGGUGACUAUGAUAGUCAUGAUAUAGAGCGUUAUGUCCGAUCUAAAUUCUUAGAUUAUACAACAGAUAAUAUGUCUAUUUAUCCUUCUCCUUCGGGUAUAUUAAUUGGUAUAGAUUUAGCAUAUAAUCUACAUUCUGCAUUUGGUCAUUGGAUACCAGGACUUAAACCUCUUAUGCAAAGAGCUAUGAAUAAGAUCAUGAAGGCAAACCCUGCGUUAUACGUGUUACGCGAACGUAUACGUAAAGGUUUACAAUUAUAUUCUUCUGAGCCAACUGAGCCAUAUUUAAAUUCACAGAAUUAUGGCGAAUUAUUUUCUAAUCAGACUGUAUGGUUUAUUGAUGAUACUAAUGUCUAUAGAGUUACUAUUCAUAAAACUUUUGAAGGAAAUCUUACCACUAAACCUGUUAAUGGUGUUAUAUUCAUCUUUAAUCCAAGAACAGGUCAAUUAUUUUUGAAGAUUAUUCAUACAUCGGUGUGGGCUGGUCAGAAGCGUUUAACUCAAUUAGCUCGAUGGAAGACAGCAGAAGAGGUUGCUGCAUUGAUUCGUUCGUUACCUGUAGAGGAGCAACCUAAGCAGAUAAUAGCAACAAGAAAAGGAAUGUUGGAUCCAUUAGAGGUACAUUUAUUAGAUUUCCCUAAUAUAGUUAUAAAAGGAAGUGAAUUAAAUCUACCAUUCCAAGCAUUAAUGAAAAUAGAAAAGUUUGGUGAUAUGAUUCUACGAGCUACACAACCAGAAAUGGUAUUAUUCAAUCUUUAUGAUGAUUGGCUAAAGAGUAUAAGUGCAUAUACAUCUUUUUCGCGUAUGUUAUUAUUAUUAAGAGCAUUACAGGUAAAUACAGAGAGGACUAAAUGUAUAUUAAGACCUAAUAAGAGUACUACUACAUUAUCUCAUCAUAUAUGGCCAUCAUUAACUGAUGAAGAAUGGAUACAUGUAGAGGUUACAUUAAAAGAUCUUAUUCUUGCGGAUUAUGCUAAGAAAAAUAAUGUUAAUGUUGCUUCCUUAACACAAUCAGAAAUAAGAGAUAUUAUAUUAGGUAUGGAGAUAGCUCCUCCUUCCCUACAGAGGCAGCAGAUAGCAGAGAUAGAGACACAAGCAAGAGAGCAACAACAACAACAACAAGUAACAUCAACAACAACAAGAAGUGUUAAUAUACAUGGAGAAGAAAUGAUUGUUGCUACUCAAUCUCCUCAUGAGCAACAAGUCUUCUCCUCUAAGACAGAUUGGCGAUGA